UGCGCACUUCCGCAGCAGCUAGCAUCCUCUCAGAUUCAUUUUGACCUCUUUUGUACUAUUUUCUUCAUUAUUAAGUCAAAAUGGAUCCUCAAGCAUUCAUGGACAUUGCAACAAAAGUAACCAAGUUGAAAAUGUAUCCAUAUUUCGACAUCGCACAUUACACUCUUAUGUGCAUGGCGGUCAGAGAGGAUUUGCCGGCUAAUCAGCCAACAGGCACACAGCCGUUCUACCGCCGCCACCCAUUGUCCACAUGGGUUUCCAGCAUGCUGGUGUGUUUCGCGGGAAGCAUCAUCGCUAAUAUUCUGUUGGGGGAGCCUGCCAUUACACCAUUCAAAGACCAUAGGAGUGUGCUGACUGCAACUGCUGUGUGGUACCUGGUGUUCUACUCCCCGUUUGACAUGGUGUACAAGUUGGCUAAGUUAUUACCCUUUAAGAUGGUCAUCUGUGCGCUGAAGGAGGUCCAGAGAGCUAGCAAGGUUCACACGGCUGUCAAUCACACGGCCAAGAUUUACCCGAACGCGUACCUGAUUAUAGUGCUAAUCGGCACUAUUAAAGGUUCUGGUAGUUAUUUGAUGAAGAACUUUGAACGUCUUGUCCGCGGAGUCUGGGUUCCAGGGUCAAACGAAAUACUCACUCCAACUUUCGCAACGAAGGCAUGUCUGGUAGCAUCGCUCGUGUUUCUAAUGGAACGACUGAACUACAUACAAGCGCCCCACCCACUCAUCUACUUCGGGGUUGUCAUCUUCUUUGUGUACUUCAAACUUUCUGCUCUUCUCCUCGGAAUCCACGACCCCUUCGCACCGUUUGAGAAUCUGUUUUGCGCGAUUUUUAUGGGUGGAAUGUGGGAAGCGUUGAGGCGCGCAGUGGUUCCGGAGAAACGGCCGACUGACGAGAGAAACGACAUGCCAGUGAAAAGCAAGGAAGAUAAAAAGAAGGAUUGAGAUUAAUAGUUUUAGGAGAUUCUAGAUGUUACAAUUGAUUUGAAGGACUUUAGUUCUGAUGCCUAGCUUCUUAGCUUAGCUUUUGAAUUGAUUUGAUGCUGAGCCACCCUGAUUUUAAAUCUUAUACCAUUCACCCAAUGAAAAGAGCCUCAGACAUACUCCAGCAACUAAAUUUAGGACUAUCAAAAUAAACAUCGUGUAAAUUGAAUCAAUGAUAUGAUUAGAAUAACAUUUCUUAUGGUAUUUUUAUCUUUUAUUGUUUAACCAAUAAUUUUUUGGAUGAUCAAAAUCAUUUAAAUCAUGAAAUCUGAACAUUUAAUUUGUUUUCUAAAUCAAUUGAAAAUGUGUAAAAUUAAGUAUAAUUAACAAAAGCAAUCUAAUUUUGUUUGAUCUCAAGUUCGAGAUUGUUUAUAGCUUGUAGGAGUGAAUUAGAAUAUUUGUAAGACCAGUGAAAUACUCUCUGCUCAUUAUUCUAUUUAAAUAGAAAUAUCAUUAUCUCUUUUCUAUCUUGUAACACAUGUCCUGUACAGGGCCCUAAAUAUAUAUACCCUUUUUACGGCCUAUAAAUUUCGGCCUCACAAAAUAUUCUCAUGAAACUUUGUACACGUGUUGUUGAAAACAUUAUGCACUUUUGUAGCAAGGUCGGUAACUCUGGCUUUAAUAAUGAAUGAAUCAUGCCCCUUUAUCACUUGGAUGAGUUACGGAAAAUUCUAUUCAGGACCAUUAUUCAAUAACUUGUUCAAAAUAUUUUCAUGAAACUUGUAUAUGCUUCACCAGUAACUAUAUGCACUUUUGUAGCAAGGCAAAAGAUGGAUUUAAUAAAUAACGAGUUUUGUCCUUUUUCACCUGAAGGAACAAGCGACACUCUUGUUUUUUGCACACUUCUCUUAUUAUUCUGCUUGUUGAAUCAUAUAUACAUAAAGAUGGUUGAAAAGUAUAAUUACCGGGAAUGUACUGAAAUUUGUAAUAGUUAUCAAUUGUCACACAAUCUAUAUUUUUUGAAAAGUUUCAUUUUCAAUGUACAGUUUGUUGAUCUUUUGAAAAGGAUAUUUAAAAUUAAAUUUAAUACACAGGUGUUUAAAGAUAAAAACAUUUAAUUUAAUCUUUUUUAUUUUAAAUUGAUUACAACAUUGGCGAAAUCGAUUAUCAAGCGCAUUUGUUGUAAAGAGAACAAGAGUUGUACUUUCUUUGGAACUUUGAUUUUGUCCGCUGGGUUUUGAAAUUUGAGCUUGAUGUUAAACAGAGAGUCAUUUGGUAUAACCUUUGUCUGUUUUUAUUAAAGGAGUUGAACACUUUGGUGUAAGAGUAUUGGAAUAGAUGGAAUUAAGUGAAAAUGUAUGUGAAAAGCACAUAAAGUAAGUUAUAGAAGAGAGAUAUCAUUUAACAUUGUGUUACAAUUAUAGAGCGUAAAGUUUUGGUGCAUACAGAAGUAAUUAAAAAAAAUUAGUUUUGAAAACGCUUAAAUAUUGAGUGUUUUACAUUUAUGUAUUCAAUAUGGUAUCUUGAAAAUAUUUGUCUUAUAUUUUAAAACUUAAAGAAAUUUUAGCAUGUAAUUUUGAAUGAAAAGGCAUUGCGAUGUACUCAAAAUAAUAGAACUCCAUGUUUGUGUUUUCAAAUUUAUACCUUAGGCUUAGCUGAAGUUUUUUAUAAAUUGUGUAAACAAGAAAACUUACCUCUCAUUCCAAACAGUUUUCAUCCACUUAUGACUUGUUAUUUUCUGUGUUUUGAGUUUCAUUUGUAAGAAAACUUAAUUUUUUAAGUUAUGUGAAUAUUUUCUAUACAUGUGCAAUUUCAUGCCAAUCUUUUUUUGUUUGAGUAUGUGUUCAUAAUCUAGUCUUAACCUUGAUCAAAAGAAUUGUGUUUGUUUGUUGUUUUUUCUUUAAAAAUUGUGCAAGAUCCUAAAGGUGCUUUUGUUAUCUUUUUUUUAACAUCUUUUUUUUAACCAAUUAAAAUCAUACAUGACAAAUUUUUAAAAAUGACUAUAGAUUUCCCUAGAAAUUGCCUUCAAUGAAUUGGAUGGUGAAAAUGUACAAAUUUCCACACAAAACCGUUCGCUAGUAUUUUUGACUUGUCUGUUUUUCCAAGAGAAAAAGAAUGGCUAUUUUGAUAACCUUUGAGUCAUUGUUGUUCACAUUUUGUAACCUUUAAAAGCCAUUAUUUAAACUGUUGAAAGUACUUAUAUGAAACUAAGACAUGAAGCCAGAGACAAUAUGCUCAUGAGUAGCAAGGCCCAUAACUCUAGCAUUAAUAAUUGUAGAGUUACACCCCUUUUUCGACUGAAAAAUUGUGUUCGUUUUUUUGCUUAGCUGAGCUCUUGUUCUAUUUUAUAUGUGUGUAUUUAUAAUCGGAAAUAAGAAAUCUCAUUUUAUAGGUAUUUAUAGUACAUUUCUUUAGAUUGUUUUACUUAUUAUGAAAAAAUUGUGUUUUCAUUAAUGAUACAUUGCCUAAUAUGCUAAACAGAACUAUCAUGUUGAUAAAAAAUAGCUUUUGAAAUGUACAUGUAUCUUUUGGAACAUUUUUGCAUGAAACUUGCUUCUCGUUACAUAAUUAUAUGAAUUUUUGGUUGUAUAUUUAAAUCUAUACAUAUUACAUUGUUGUUAUUCAAUACCUUUUUUAUCCGUUUACCCUCAGCCUUGCAAAGCCUUCAAUCUGGCUCCCUUGGAUCCCAAUAAGUUCCGUUGAACCGUCUCAAAUGGUUAAGUUGCUGACCAGCUACUACUUAUUGUACCUAAAAUAAACUUAUUUCCCCAAAUUUGAACUGGCUCAAUUACUAUUGUAACCGUCCAUUUUGGCCGGCUGCCAGUUCUUAUUGAGAACACUGGGCGCCAUAUGGCAGAAACAUGUUGAGAAUAUUUGAACUUGAGUGCAGAAUUUUGAAUUGAUAUAUAUCUUUAAACAAAUUAUGCUUCUAUAUGGUGUUCUCAUUUCUAAAAACUUAAAACAAAUAUACUUCUUUUUUUAAAACUUAAACAAUAUGCUUCUAAAUGGUGUUUUCUUUUUUAAAAAAACUUUAAGUUUCCAUUCUUCAAUUGUAUAAUAUACAUUUAGUGUAACACGUUCUACCAGUGCCAGGGCCAGUGGUAUACAACAGAUUUUUGAAGAUUAGAAUAAGGAAGUUUAAACUUAAUAUGCUUUUGUUUUACAAUGCCAGUGCUCUGAAUAAUAUAAAAUGACUCAGUUAAUAAUUAAUUUCAGCAUUAUGCAAGAUGGUGCCAUUUAUAGUUGCAAAUGAUACCACAGUAUAAAUUUUUCUUCAUUGUGUUUGUUCUAUAUUCAUGCAAACUAUAUGUACAUGUGUGGUCUGGCAAUACAUGUAUAUCUUUGUGCACAAGACUCCUGCCAUUUUUCUUCACAUUUACACCUUUUAAAUGUCCAUAUUUGUCCAUGUUUUGGUAUCAUGUUUUGUAUUGUCUAUUUUACGUAUUGUUGCCUUGUUGUUUUUGUGUACAUUUUUGUAACUAUUUAAAGGGACACGUUCAUGUGUAAAUGAUAUUAUUUUGGGGUGAAAUGUGUACAAAAUGCUUGUUUCAAUGAUCCAUCAACAUCCAUCAAAAGUUUACAUUAUAGCUCUUAUGUUAACAGUUAAAAAGAGGUGACAGUGGUCUAGUGGUAUAAAUGUCCACCUCUCACUUAAGAGGUUGUGGGGUUGAUCCUCACUAGGGGCACUUUCUCAUUGCCUCUCAAAAAGGACACAGUACUGGUUUCUGCCCUGGAAAGACUUGAGAGGGAUUUCAUAAACUCGGCUUCCUUCACAGUCGAACUAAAAAAAAAUAUUAGUGUAUACUAAUGUUAACAGUUAUUAUAAAAUCUGGCAGAAAAAUGCUGUAUUUAUAUUGAUAUUAUGAUAUUACAGAUUGAUUAGUUUCUGUUCAAAUGAGUAUAUACUAGUUCCUGCUUGGGUGUUUAUUUAUAAAAGUAAAGAAAAAUAUGUCAGGCUAUUCCAGUAAAACAUAUUACCCACAGGGGGAAGUCAAUUAUUUUCAUAGUAUAUUGAUGGGUGUCUUUUCGCUGAUUUGGACCCCAAAUGGGUAAAUUUGCUUCUGUAUGGGUGGGGGGGGAGGUAGUUAAGAAGUGCCUUCCCUGUGAGGGUUAUAUGUCUAAAUGAAAUAGCCCUUGUUUGAACAUCAGAUCAUAGCCAGCAUAAAAUUGUGAACGAGUCCCUUUAAAUGAACUAGGAUAAGAACUACUUUUACAUUAUUGCGUGGUUUGUUUACAGAAUUAUUUGGUGUUCUUUCACAUUGAUUAGUAUUACAUUGUACAUUAGAUGUUGUAUAGUAUUACUGUCCGGAAUUUGUACCAGAUAUGUUUGUUAGUAUGUAAGUUUAUGGUGGAAAUGGCAAUAUCACACAGCAACACUACUUUUGUUCACAAAGUUUGUUGGUAAGGCUUCGUUUUGAAAUUUUUGUUUCUAUCUAAAUCCGAUUAAAAUCCUAUCCUUAAUGGGCAUGCAAGAAAUAACAAAAGGAGCUCGGAACUUGUGUACUUAAGUCAGAAUGCUCCAAUCAUAAAUGGUCAGCUUUUCUAUUUUGCUGUUUAAAUUUCUAGUUAAAUGUUUAUUUUGCUUCGACUUAGUGGACAAUUGUACUACUAUCAUUCAAUAUGGCCUGUUUAUUAAUCCUUGAUAGGAAUCACAAGUUCUCACUUUGUUACCAUUGGAAUAAGUAUUGAAGUUGUCAUUUUGGUUUUCAUUGGUAUAAAUAUUGUAUAAGGUCUUAUUUUCAUUUCCAUUGGAAUAAGUAUUUAAGUUUUCAUUUUUGUUUCCAUUGGAAUAAGUACUGAAGUUUUCAUUUUUGUUUCCAUUGGAAUAAGUACUGAAGUUUUCAUUUUUGUUUCCAUUGGAAUAAGUAUUGAAGUUUUCAUUUUUGUUUCCAUUGGAAUAAGUAUUGACUUAAUUCUCAUUUUUGUUUCCAUUGGAAUAAGUAUUGAAUAAGUUCUCACUUUUGUUUCCAUUAAAAUAAGUAUUCGAAAUUCUCACGUUUGUUUCCAUGGGAAUAUCUAUUGACUUAGUUCUCACUUUUGUUUCCAUUAGAAUAAGUAUUGGAAAUUAUCACUUUUGUUUUGUUUUCCAUGGAAAUAAAAGUGAUAAUUAAGUUUCCACUUCAUUUUCUAUAACAAUGAACCGUUCAGAACGUUUUAAUUAAGACCAAUUUUCUGGCUUCUUAUCUCAUUUUAAAAUGUCAUGCGGAGAUAAAUAUUUUUAUGAAAAACAAUUACAUUUUUGAAACCCUCAUUUUGAUAUGCUUAUUCUAUCCCAGAGGUAGCUGGUUUUUCCUGGAUUUUCAUUGUUUGUUUUUUUUACAUUUAUUUAUUUGCAUAAGUCAUUGACUAGUUCGGAGUUUUGGUGGACUGUUUUAUGGAGAAAGAAAAUCAAAGAAUUUGUAAAUCUUAAAAUGAGAUUACGGGAUGAAAAUGAUGAUAUUACGGUAUACAGUGUGGAAAUUGUUUGAUCGCCCCCACUCAACCCUGGUGAAUGAAUUUUCAUGCAAAAUAGGAGAGCAGCUGUUUUGAAAGCUAAAUUAAUAAUCAAAGCAGUUAUCUCCCUUGCUAUAUAUAUGUACCAGUUUUUCCAUCUAUCUUUUGGAUACUGCGAACUUCCUUCUCUCAAGAGAUACAGACAUGAGUAUUCCAAUAAUGCCAAUAGAAUACCUAUUUUAUAAAAAGAAGAUAUUAAGGUAUAUAAACUUGAAAUAAUUAUUGAUUGAAAACUAGAUUUGGCUUAAGGUUUUAAAGUGCAUGAAGUAAUGAUAUGAUUUAUUGAAAACUGGAUGAAUAAUUAUCAGUAGAGUGGAAUCGAUCUGACUGGAAUUGUAGUCAUAUACUUGUAAUGUGAUGGUGUUCUUUAGAAAUAAGGUAAAACCUAGAAGCUUUUUGGUGUUCUACAUUUUCUUCAAAUGACCAUUAUAGUUUACACACAUAAGAUGGUUAGUAAGACUGUUUUAAUUGUUGCAUAGAAAUUAGAUAUUUAAUAUAUAAUCUAGAGCAUUUUUGACAUGUGAAUUCCUCCUCAAAUCUUAACGGGUCGUAGAUUUGUUUUCACAUAAGUUACAAUUGUCUUCCGAAAAUGUAAGUCCAGAAAGAAGUUAUCCCCAUUUUUAUUACCAUGAUUUGUUGUUGUAUAUAAUGCCAUUGCCUAUUUAUAUGGAAAGUUUCCUUUGAAAUUUACCACUUUUUAAUUUUUGUUCUAAUUGUCUUCCAGUUAAAACUGGAAAUCAAUAAAGAAAUCUAACCCAG